CUCGUCUCUGGUGUCGUCAGGAAGAAGCAGCGGCGGCGCAUCAUCGUGGCACCUUGGCCCAUGAACUCAAAGUAAACCAGUGAGUGGGUUUUUCUUCUUCUGUCUGCAGAACCGAACUCACCAUCAUCUCCACGGAGCUGCUGACAGAUUGAAGCUGAAAACAGGAUUUCAUGUUCUGCUGAUCUGCAGUUUUCCUKCCUCUGAGUCUUCAACAUGGACCUGCUGCCGGACCUCUGGAGCCAGGACUACUGGCUUCCUCCUGGCGUGACCUGGACAGACAUGGAGCAGCUGGCAGACUCUGAGCGACCUCAGCCCCAGGACCUCCUGCUAACUCUGCCUCUCGCUCUGGGUUUCGUCACUCUUCGCUGUGUGUUUGAGAGGUUUUUGGCCCCUCCCAUGGGCAGAUGUCUGCAGGUGAAGAAUAGAUUGCAGGUGACUGCUGCCCCUUCCCUGCAGCUGGAGUCAUUUUACACCCAGAGGAGCAAACAGCCGAAACAGAGUGAAGUUGUCAGUUUGAUGCAGUCAUGUGGUAAAACCCAGAGACAGAUUGAAACCUGGUUCAGACUCCGCAGGAACCAGGACCGACCCUGUCAAACCAAGAAGUUUGCUGAAGCUGCUUGGAGGUUUUUUUUCUACCUCACAGCCUUUGUGGCUGGAUUGACCUGUUUAAUUGAUAGACCCUGGUUCUGGGACCACAGGGAGUGCUGGAGACAGUAUCCAGUUCAGCCCAUGGAGAGAGCUCACUUUUGGUACUACAUGUUGGAACUGGGCUUUUAUGGCUCUCUGCUGCUUCGGAUCCCUGUGGACAUCAGAAGGAAGGAUUUUAAGGAACAAGUGAUCCACCACUUGGCUACCAUCAUCCUGCUCAGUUUCUCCUACUGUGCCAACUACAUUCGUAUCGGCACCUUGGUGAUGCUGCUCCACGACUCGUCCGACAUAUUGUUAGAGUCUGCAAAGAUGUUCAACUACGGCACUGGCUGGAGGAGGAUGUGUGACUCUCUGUUUGUUGCAUUUGCUGUGGUCUUCCUUGUGACUCGACUGGUGAUUUUUCCCAGCAAAAUCAUUCGCACAACCUUGCUGCUGUCCAUGGAGGUGUUUCAGCCUUUUCCUGGUUACUACUUCUUUAACAUCCUGCUGAUGGUGCUGCAGGUUCUUCACAUCUUCUGGGCAGGUUUAAUUUUACGCAUGGUCUACAAGUUCCUGAAAGGCAAGCUGGAAAAAGAUGAACGCAGUGAUGAAGARAGUGGAGCUGAAGAGGAAGARGAGGAGAAAGAAGGAGAUGAAAAUACAGAUCAAGACUGUUACUGGGAAAAAAGCAAAGACACUUUGAACUCCAAGMUGUCAAUGCUCACAAACAGUUGUGUCCUUAAUAAUCUGACCCACCACAGGUCCUCUGGAGCCAAGAGGAUACGAAAAGCUCAAUGACAAUUUUUUUAAAUGUUAACUCCCACUUUGCUUUUACAAGAAUAUGUUCAUUUUUAUGGUACUUUAAAAUAUCUUGUAUUGUUUAGUAAUUUUAAAAAAAUGAGUGACUUUUUUUUCUUACACAACUUUCUCUGUGCUUAGAUCUUUAUUAAAUGCAAUUAAACCACCAAGCUUAAUAAUUUA